AUGGAAAACUUUUCAUCUAAAAAAGUUGAUGCGACUUUAGAAGAAGACAAAUUUAACGUGUUUUACAAGGAUUUUUAUGAAGUAAAGCUUAAGCCUUAUAUCAAAAAGGUAAAGUACAAUAAUUUUAACUGUUCAGUUAGCUGCAUCAAUGAUAAAGAAGUCAAUCAAGAGUGCUUAGCUAAUUGUGGAGUAAAAGAAAAGAAUUUUUUUCAGCAUAUAGAAGAUCUACUUUUACCCAGGAUAGCACACUAUGAGAAGUGCUUUGAUGCUUGUGAAGGCAAGGAGGAUAAUGCAAAAUGCGUGGAAAAAUGCUGUAGUGAGACUCUGGAAUUAUUAAAACAAAUUGACGUACAUAAAGAAAUGGGACAAUUUAUUAACUAA